UAUGAAUGCUUGGUUUGUCUUUCUAGGUUUUGUUUUUCCCUACCCCGUCAAUUUAAUUUUAUUCUUUUGAAGAUUCUUCGUUGUCAAGCCGCCAAAGUGGAGAGUGCGAUUGCAGAAGGGGGUGCUUCUCGUUUCAGUGCUUCUUCAGGCGGAGGAGGUGGUAGGGGUGCACCUCAGCACUAUCCCAAGACUGCCAGCAACAGCGAGUUCCUGGGGAAAACCCCAGGGCAAAACGCUCAGAAAUGGAUUCCUUCACGAAGCACUAGACGAGAUGACGACUCCGCAAACGACAAAGAACGACAUGAUGCAAUCUUCAGGAAAGUAAGAGGCAUACUAAAUAAGCUUACUCCUGAAAAGUUCGACAAGCUAUGCCUUGAGCUCCUCAAUGUGGGUGUAGAAUCUAAGCUCAUCCUAAAAGGGGUCAUACUGCUGAUCGUAGACAAAGCCCUUGAAGAGCCCAAGUAUAGCUCGCUGUACGCUCAACUAUGUCUGCGACUGGCAGAAGAUGCACCCAACUUUGAUGGCCCAUCAGCAGAGAGUCAUCCAGGACAGAAGCAAAGCACAACAUUCAGACGCCUCCUAAUAUCUAAACUUCAAGAUGAAUUUGAAAACCGAACCAGAAAUGUUGAUAUCUAUGAUAAGCAUGAUGGUCCCCUCCUCCCUGAGGAGGAGGAACAGAGAGCCAUUGCCAAGAUCAAGAUGCUGGGGAACAUCAAAUUCAUUGGAGAACUUGGCAAGCUUGAUCUUAUUCAUGAAUCUAUCCUUCAUAAGUGCAUCAAAACACUUUUGGAAAAGAAGAAGAGAGUUCAACUCAAAGAUAUGGGGGAGGAUUUGGAGUGCCUCUGUCAGAUAAUGAGGACAGUGGGACCUAGAUUAGAUCAUGCGAAAGCCAAGUCCUUAAUGGAUCAGUACUUUGCCCGUAUGCGCUCCUUGAUGUCAAGUAAGGAAUUGCCAGCAAGGAUUCGUUUCCUGCUGCAGGAUACUGUGGAGUUGAGAGAACACAACUGGGUUCCUCGCAAAGCUUUUCUUGACAAUGGACCAAAGACUAUCAAUCAAAUCCGUCAAGAUGCAGUAAAAGAUCUGGGAGUUUUUAUUCCUGCUCCUAUGUCUCAAGGGAUGCGAAGCGACUUCUUUCUGGAGGGACCCUUCAUGCCACCCAGGAUGAAACUUGACAGGGACCCACUCGGAGGGCUUGCUGAUAUGUUUGGACAAAUGCCAGGUAGCGGAAUUGGUACUGGUCCAGGAGUUAUUCAGGAUAGAUUCUCACCCACCAUGGGACGCCAUCGUUCAAACCAACUCUUCAAUGGCCAUGGGGGUCACCUCAUGCCUUCUGCUCAAUCCCAGUUUGGAGACCUAGGCAAAUCUUUUCUGAAAAGUCAGGGGCAAAGCCAACUCUACCAUACCCAGAAUCAGGGACUCUUAUCCCAGCAACAAGGACAGUCGAAGGAUAUGCCACCUCGGUUUUCUAAGAAAGGACAGCUUAAUGCAGAUGAGAUUAGCCUGAGACCUGCUCAGUCUUUCCUGAUGAAUAAAAACCAAGUGCCAAAGCUUCAGCCCCAGAUAACUAUGAUUCCUCCCAGUGCUCAACCACCACGCACUCAGACACCGCCUUUGGGACAGCCGCCUCAACUUGGUCUUAAAACAAAUCCACCACUUAUACAAGAGAAGCCUGCAAAGACCACCAAGAAACCACCUCCUUCUAAGGAAGAGCUGCUUAAACAAACUGAGGCUGUUGUGACUGAGUAUCUGAACAAUGGAAAUGCUAAUGAUGCUGUCAACACUGUGAGAGAAAUGAGAGCUCCGAAACACUUCAUUCCUGAGAUGCUGAGCAAAGUAAUCCUUCAAUCCCUAGAUAGAUCAGAUGAGGACAAAGAGAAAGCAAGUACUUUGAUCAGCUUGCUCAAGCAGGAGGGAAUAGCCACCAGUGACAACUUCAUGCAGGCAUUCCUGAAUGUAUUGGACCAGUGCCCCAAACUGGAGGUGGACAUCCCAUUGGUGAAAUCCUACUUAGCACAGUUUGCAGCCCGUGCCAUUAUUUCAGACCUGGUGAGCAUUUCCGAGCUGGCUCAACCACUGGAAAGUGGCACCCACUUCCCUCUCUUCCUGCUCUGUCUUCAGCAGUUAGCUAAGUUACAAGACCGUGAAUGGCUAACAGAACUGUUCCAACAAAGCAAAGUGAAUAUGCAGAAAAUGUUACCAGAAAUUGACCAGAACAAGGACCGCAUGCUGGAGAUCUUGGAAGGGAAGGGGCUUAGCUUCUUGUUCCCGCUUCUGAAACUGGAGAAGGAACUGCUAAAGCAAAUAAAAUCGGAUCCAUCCCCUCAAGCCAUCUAUAAGUGGAUUAAAGAUAACAUUUCACCCAAGCUUCAUGUAGAUAAGGGAUUUGUGAAUAUAUUGAUGACCAGUUUCUUGCAGUAUAUUUCUAGUGAAGUAAACCCACCUAGUGACGAAUCGGAUUCUUCAUCUGCUCCAUCAAAAGAGCAGCUCGAGCAGGAAAAACAGCUGCUUCUUUCCUUCAAGCCGGUGAUGCAGAAGUUCCUCCAUGACCAUGUUGAUCUGCAAGUGAGUGCUCUAUAUGCACUCCAGGUGCACUGCUACAACAACAAUUUUCCAAAAGGCAUGUUACUGCGCUUCUUUGUUCAUUUCUAUGACAUGGAGAUCAUUGAAGAAGAAGCCUUCUUGGCAUGGAAAGAAGACAUUACUCAAGAGUUUCCAGGGAAAGGCAAAGCUUUAUUCCAGGUAAACCAGUGGUUAACCUGGCUGGAAACUGCUGAAGAAGAAGAAUCUGAAGAAGAAGCUGACUAAAGAACCAGCCAAAGCCUUAAAUUGUGCAAACAUACUGUUGCUAUGAUGUAACUGCAUUUGACCUAACCACUGCGAAAAUUCAUUCCGCUGUAAUGUUUCACAAUAUUUAAAGCAGAAGUAUGUCAGUAGGAUAUUCUCUGCAAAAGGUUUUUGUAGUAUGUCUUAAUAGUCUACAAUAAAAAUAUUUUAGAGUAUCUUCAAUGUUUAGAUAACAGUGUAUUAGCAGCAUGCAAUAAUUACAUCAUAAGUUCUCGAGCAGAAGCAGUCUGUUGCAAGGGUCUUCUUUGCUGCCAGUUAUCAUAGGCUGUUUUUAAGUUAGAAACUGAAUAGCAACACUGAAUACUGUAGAAAUGCACUUUGCUCAGUGUAAUACUUGAGUUGUUGCAAUAUUUGAUUAUCCAUUUGGUUGUUACAGAGAAUCCUUAACUGUAAUCGAUGGUUGUUGCCGUAAUAGUAUAUUUGCCUGUAUUUCUACCUCUAGUAAUGGGCUUUAUGUGCUAGGUUUUAAUAUCCUUGAGCCUGGGCAAGUGCACAAGUCUUUUAUAAAAGGAACAGUUUACUUGCACAAAAACUGAUCGGCUGAAGAGAUGGUUUAAUGCCCUUUGGAAGAGGUUUUUGUGGGUGUGAAACAUGACAUGGUGAGAAAUUUGAAUUGGUCCCUCUUACAGUACUGAAAUUAAGUCUAUUAAUUUAUCAAGACAUGUUCAUGCCCUGAUUUUAUAUACUUGUAUCUAUCAAUAAACAUUGUGAUACUUGACUUGUUUCUGAAUGUCUCCCAGUAGAAAAGCUUUGGCUGAUGACUUGUUCACUUAAGAAAUUAAACAUCAGUGGGAGUUGCCUUAGGUUGCAGCCAUCCUGAAAUUACUUUUACACUCCUUGUGUGGAUAUGCAGAUAAAUUCUAAAUAAGGUCACAGACAAGAUGAGACAGCUGCGUUGUGACAGGAGGAGAAUGAUGGAGUUGUGCUGAAGAAAUGGUAGGGGUUUGCCUUGUGGUCCAAUGUAUGCUUUAUCAGUGAGUGUGCUUUUGACUUGGUUAAUGCUUUGAGCUUCCCCCCAGGCCACAUGCAUGUUUCUGAAUCAAGUGGCACUGUCUAUUAGCUGCCUGUUUCUCAAAUCAAAUUGGCAAAAAAAUGCCUACAAAAAAGUUGAAUGAUGUUGCAUUGUACAGGCUUGAAAUGUCAUCUAUUAAAUACUCAAAACACCUUACUUCCUAGAACCUUGUCCCCAGUGAGUUUUUUCGUCCUCAUUGAUACUCAAGACUUACAUUCUUGAAAGGUGAUAUAUUUGUAGUGGCUCCUGGACUGGAGCUUUUUUGCCAGUGGUGUGAGUGCUGUAGCCUGUGAACUGUUACACAGCACAGGAAGUGAAGUGGAGCCCAAGAAAAGGACUAGAGCUGAUAACUGGGCUUGCUUUGAGGAAAGGGAGAGUUGCAGUUGGCAGUGGAGCACCUUGUAAUGCUGCAGCUGGGAAAGUUGUGGUUUGCUUUGGAGGGCUCCCUAACUCCAGUCAUGGCUCUGCCCUCCUGAGUGUUCUGCGCCAUGGUCUGUCAGGGAGUUCUGCUGCUGCCCUGGGAGCUCCUAUGCAGUGUGGAGCCCAGGAACUCCAGGGACUGUGCUCUACAAGCCAAAUGACAAAGGCUAUUGAGCUUGAAUGGCUGGCAGAAUUGAUGGCCCCAUCUCUACAUUUCAGAAAUGGGGUGUAGGAAGGGAGAGCAGGGGAUACUGGUGCGGGUGGGGUCCAGUUCAGAGACAAGAAUGCGUCAAAUGCGGUUCAGUGGCUCGAGGUUGAGCUGGCUGUGUGUGAUGGAGCUGCAAUUCUUGGGUGGCAGUGGUGAGCACUGGCAUCCUGGGCUUCCCAGAACACUUGGUGAUAUGUUGUUCUCAAACUCAUGACUUUCCUAUCUAUGGAGUGAUACAGUCACUGCUAGAACUAGAGGGGUGCAGGCUCAGCUGUGUGUGUGCUAUAGGCACUAAGGUUCUGCAGUUCAAUACUCAUUUAACAGGAUGGACAAAUGCAAGUACAGUUAGAGAGUUCAUUUAAUCCUAACCAUAUCAAAAUUCUGUUCUAGAAUUGCUUUUUAAAGCGUAACAAGUGCUGUGAAGUGAAAGCUACCAUUGUUUCACUGAGAGUGUUGUGUUUUUCCAAGUUCGUCAGUUUUUGCUUGAACUUUGCUGUUACUGCUGGUUGGUUUAGUGGUGUAUGGUGCUAUAAUACUUCCUGUGUACAUGGGCAUCUCUAUGUGAAGCAUGUGAUGCACUUUGCUCCUGUGCCCUGCAGAGGGAAGAUGGAGAGGAACCACAAGGCAGGAAAGAGUGGUUUCCAACUCAAGUUAUAUCAGAGGUGAGAGGAGAAGGUAGAAGGAUGUGCAAGUAAAAAUGGGAAUAGAUCCAGAAUCUGCAGCUAAGCUUUUCUGCCGCAUUUUGGAGAAGGCUGAGCUGGCAGCUCUGGGCUCCUUGCCACAGUAACUAAGCCUUGUAUUCUUGCCCAGUCUGACAUGUCCUUACUACAGCCGUAUGUACCCGUGCAUGGGGGCUUUGCUGCUUGGCUUGUUUCUAACUGACCACUGAGUUAGGAACUCUGGUAGAGAAAACUAUAGAAAGAACAACUAAAAAUGCAGAAUAAAACAUAAACAGUAGAAAAUGCCACUAAAAGGUGGAAUUAGCGUUACAUGACUUGGAGAAUCCUCAUGCAGUGUGAACAGCUCUGGGUUCUUCAAACUGGUGUAAAAAUGGUGCUUACUGCAGUGUGCACAUCAAAGUGGUCUCUCCAUAGAUGAGGAGAGGUGGUAGCAUCUUCACAGUCUUUUCUGCUGCUGAAGUUUUUAAGUGCUCAAGUGCAAGACUUGUGGCUAAUCUGGAACAGGGAUGGCUGGUGGUUGGUCUCACUUCUGUGCUCCUGUUAACUAUGAGUGGCAUUGUACUUAAAAUGUAAACACAGUGCUUAAUUCUACAUAGUAAAGUCACAGUCAAAAUUAAA